CCUCCUCCUCCUUCUCCUCCUCCACCUCUCCGGGCUCUCUUGCGCGUCUGCGAGCGCGAGCAGGGCGCGGCAUAGACCGCGCGCAGUUGCCGAGUCCUCUUCCUCCUCCUUUGGGGGGCCUAGGGCGCCCCCAGAGGCCUCCCUUCUGCUCGCUCGAGGGGCGAUCUGCCCCCCCUCCUCCCCCCUCCGGCCGAGCGCUGGGCUGCUGCGGGGCCCUGCCAUGCAGCCGCGCUCCGCUGUGCACGCGGAGGCGCUGUAUCAAUGGGGCCUUGCGCGGCUCCCUCAGCGCAGCCGCCCCCGAGAGGGCCCAGGCCGAGGCCGAGCUGGCGGCGGCGGGGCGCGCGCCGGGGUUCCUCGCCGCGCUGCUGCAGGUGGCCGCGGAGGUGAGGGCGGAGCCGGAGGUGCGGCAAGCCUCCGCCAUCCUCCUGAAGAACCAGGUGAAGACGCGCUGGGAGCCGGUCGGAGAGGCUGCUGGCGAGGGCUACGGGGAGGACGAGAAGGCCGCGGUCCGCGGGCAGCUCCUGGACGGGCUGGCGGGCUCCUUCGAGGCGUCGGGGGCGCGCGCGCAGCUCGUGGAGGCCUUCCGGCUGGUGGCGCUGCACGACUUCCCGCAGAGGUGGCCUGGCCUGGUGGAGCGGCUGGUCACCGGGCUGCGCUCGCAGGACACGCCCCAGACGUACUGCGCCCUGCUGCUGCUGCGGAAGCUGUUCAAGCAGCUCGAGAUGAGGCCGCUGUCGCGCAGGGGCGACCUGGACGAGCUCGCCGCGCGCUCCAUGCCCACGCUGCUCGCGCUGGCUCCGGCGCUGCUGUCCGCAGCGGCGCGCCCGGGCCUCCAGCGCCUGGAGGCGUUCGAGGUGCUCAAGGUGGCGCUGAAGUGCGUGCACUCGGCCGUCUACAUGGCGGUCAACGAGGGCCUCCAGAAGGACAUCGACGCGUGGAUGCAGAUCGUCUUCGGUGCCGUGGAGCUUCCGGCCCUGCUGCAGGGCCAGCCGACCUCCGCCGACGACGCGUCGCUGGAGUUCUCCCCCGUGGCCAAAUGCCGCAAGUGGGCGUUCCACAUCCUGUUCCGCUUCAUGCACCGCCACGGCAGCCGCCGGCGGUGCGUGAAUGGCUUCGAGCAGUUCGCCGAGGCAUGGAGCUGCAGGUACGAGUCGCCGACGGCGCAGGUGUGCAUGCGGGAGGCCUGCGCGUCCCAGGGCGGCGGCUGGGUGCCCCGGCGCUCGCAGAGCCUUGCGCUGCUGAACCUGGCGGAUGCCUGCAGUCGCGACGGCGCCUACGAGGCAAUACGGCCGAGGCUGCAGGAGCUGCUCGUGGCGGGCAUCUUCCCGCUGCUGCGCUUCGGGCCGCGGGACGCCAGACUGUGGCGGGAGGACCCCGAGGAGCUCCUUCGGCAGAUGUCGAGCGACUUCGCCGCGGACUCCAUGCAGGACCCCAGGGUGGCAGCGACGGAGCUCGUGGAGAGGCUCCUGCGCCACAGGAAGUCCGAGGUCCUGGUGCCGCUGCUGCUCUUCUGCCACCAGCGCCUGGAGGCGCAGCGGAGCCGCCCCACCGACCCGGAGCUCUGCGCCGACAAGGACGGGGCGCUGCUGCUGCUGGGAUGCAUGGGGGAGCAGCUGCUGGAGCUGGACCCCGCACAGGCGGGCCAGAAGAGGAAGAAGAAGAAGAAGAAGGCGGCCGCGAGGGAGGGCGACGCGGGCGUGGCCCCGGUGAGCGUGGCGGAGCUCCUCGACAACCACGUGCGCCCCGAGCUGUCGGGCCCCGUGCCGUUUCUGCGGCUGCGGGCGUGCUGGGUGUACAGCCAGUUGGCCAGGCGCGCCCGCCUGGGCCCUCCAGGUGCAGCGGCGGCCACGUGCCGGGAGUGUCUUCGCCUCGCUGGGGAUCCGGAGCUGCCGGUGCGGGCGCGGGUGGGCGGCUGCCUGAUGGCGUUCCUGGAGCGCGAGGGGGACGGCGAGGUUCGCGCCGCGAUCGCGGAGAGCCUCGGCGAGCUCCUGGAGCGCCUGCUGCUCACGCUGGCCGAGGCGCCCUGCGAGGAGAUCGCGGAGGGCCUGGAGGCGCUGGUCUGCAGCUUCCCGGCCGAGAUCGUCCCCUUCGCGGCGCAGCUCGUCAGCCAGCUGGCCGCCAAUUUCUACCAGGUGAUGGGCUCCGCGGGCGAGGACGAUGACGAGGCGCGCCAGCGGAGGAGAGGGGUCCGGCCCUUCCAGAGGCCUGCAGCGGCCUCGGGGCCGGCGGCGACUGCGCGGACGCGCAGAGACGCGAGGCGCUCUUCGGCGGUAUGGCCGCGCCGCUGGCGCCGCUGCUCGCGCGGCUGCUGCGGCCCGAGGGCGUGGAUUUCCUGGAGGAGGCCUGCGAGAUUCUGUCCUACCUCGUGCUGUACGGGCCUUCGCCGCUGCCUGCGCCGCUGUGGGGCGCGCGGCCUGGCCUGCCAAACAACCUUCGCGCG